AUGAGAGUGCCCAUCUCUGAUGACUGUAAAGGUGAAAGUGAAGGAGAGAAGUCUAGUGAGGAAGAUACAGAAGAUGAAGAAGAAAAGGUAUUCCUUAAACCUGUCAUUGAAGACCGGAACAUGGAAUUGGCUAGAAAAUGUACUGAGUUAAUUAGUGAUAUCAACUAUAGAGGAGAGUAUAAAAAGUCAAAAGACAAGUGUACGUUUGUACCUGAUACACCUUUGCUAAACCAUGUGAAGCAUAUAGGCGCUUUUAUUUCUGAGGCAAAGUACAAAGGCACUAUCAAGACAGACCUUUCCAAUUCUCUGUAUAAGCAGAUGCCAGCCACAAUUGACAGUGUGUUUGCAAGAGAAAUUUCACAGCUUCAGAGUGAGGUUCUCUACAAACAGAAACAUGAUGCUGCCAAAGGAAUAUCAGAUUAUUCCCAUAUGAAGGAACCACCUGAUAUAAUGCAUGCCAUGGAGACCAGCAAACAUCAAAGUAAUGUUUCUUAUAGGAAGGAUGCAGAGGAUAAUCAUAAAUACAAUGCGGGGAUUGACAGAUCAGACAUCAAGAUGGCAACCCAAGUCUCCAAGAUCAUUAGCAAUGCUGAAUACAAGAAAGGAAAAGGAGAAAUGAAUAAAGAACCAGCUGUGAUUGGAAGGCCAGAUUUUGAGCAUGCUAUGGAAGCUUCUAAACUUUCUAGUCAAGUUAAAUACAGAGAAAAAUUUGAAAAUGAAAUGAAGGAUAAGAAACACCAGUAUAAUCCCCUGGAAAGUGCUUCUUUUAGGCAAAGUCAGUUUGCAGCUACCCUUGCAAGUGAUGUGCAGUACAAGAAAGAUGCUCAGAUGAUGCAUGAUCCAGUUUCAUAUCUCCCAAGCCUAUUUUUAGACCAUGCUUUGAAAACCAGCAAAAUGCUCAGUGAUCAUGAAUAUAAGAAGCUGUUUGAAGAAAGCAAAGGAAGUUAUCACUUUGAAAUGGAUACAGCUGAGCACCUCCAUCAUAAAGGCAACACAGUGCUCCAGAGUCAGGUUAAGUACAAAGAAAAGUAUGAAAAAGCUAAAGGCAAGUCAAUGCUUGAAUUUGUGGACACUCCAUCUUACCAGGCUUCUAAGGAGGCUCAAAAAAUGCAAAGUGAGAAAAUUUACCGAAAAGAUUUUGAAAAAGAACUGAAAGGAAGGCCCUCGAUGGAUUUAGACAAGACUCCAGAAUUUUUGCAUGUAAAAUAUGUCACAAAUCUUCUUAAAGAGAAAGAAUAUAGAAAGGACUUGGAAAAUGAAAUAAAAGGGAAAGGAAUGGAACUUAGUUCAGAGAUCCCUGACAUUCAGAGAGCAAAAAGGGCAUCAGAAAUGGCGAGUGAGAAGGAGUACAAGAAAGAUCUGGAAACUGAAAUUAAAGGGAGAGGAAUGCAAAUUGGCACAGAUGCCCUUGACAUACAACGAGCCAAAAAAGCUUCUGAAAUCUCAAGCCAGAAAGAAUAUAAACGAGAUCUGGAGACAGAAAUUAAAGGGAAAGGAAUGCAGGUGGGCAUAGAUACUCUUGAUAUCCAACGGGCUAAGAAAGCAUCUGAAAUGGCAAGCCAGAAAGAAUACAAGAGAGACCUGGAAAAUGAAAUUAAAGGGAAAGGAAUGCAAGUGAGCAUGGAUAUCCCUGAUAUGCUUCGAGCCAAGAGAGCAUCUGAAAUCUACAGUCAGAAAAAAUACAAAAAUGAAUCAGUGAAGAUGUUGACUAGCUAUUCAUCAGUGGCAGAUACUCCUGAAAUACAGAGAAUCAAGACAGCCCAGAAAAAUAUCAGCAUGGUGUUUUAUAAGAAAGGAGUAGGAGCUGGCACAGCUGUAAAAGAGACCCCCGAGAUUGAACGAGUCAAGAAAAAUCAGCAGAAUAUUAGUUCAGUGAAAUAUAAAGAAGAAAUAAAGCAAGGAACAACCAUUUCAGACCUUCCAGAGCUAAAAAGAGUUAAAGAAAACCAGAAGAACAUCAGCAAUCUUCACUAUAGAGAGCAAAAUUACAAAGCUACCCCUGUUUGCAUGACACCUGAGAUUGAGAGAGUGAAAAGGAACCAGGAGCAUCUCAGCUUGGUGAAAUACAGAGGAGAAAUCCAAUGUGCCACCCCCAUUUCUGACCCUCCAGAGCUGAAGAGAGUUAAAGAAAACCAGAAGAACAUCAGCAAUGUUCAUUAUAAGGGACAACUAGGCAGAGCUACUGCCAUAAGCAUCACUCCAGAGAUGGAGAGAGUCAAGAAGAAUCAAGAAAAUAUAAGCUCGGUUAAGUAUACCCAGGAUCAGAAACAGCUGAAAGGUAGACCAAGUUUGAUUUUAGAUACUCCUGGACUGAGGCAUGUUAAAGAAACGCAAAACAAUAUUUCCAUGGUAAAAUAUCACGAAGACUUUGAGAAGACGAAGGGCAGAGGCUUUACUCCUGUGGUGGAUGACCCGGUGACUGAGCGGGUGAGGAAGAACACGCAGGUGGUCAGCGAUGCUGCUUACAAAGGCAUCCAUCCACAGAUCGUGGAAAUGGAUCGGCGGCCUGGAAUCAUCGUGGAUCUUAAAGUUUGGCGUACUGAUCCUGGUUCCAUCUUCGACAUUGAUCCAUUGGAAGACAAUAUUCAGUCUAGGAGUCUACAUAUGCUUUCUGAAAAGGCAAGUCUCUACAGUAGACAUCGAUCUCAUUCAACCAGUACCCUGGGUGUAGGACUUGGGGAUGACAAGUCAGAAAUCUCUGAGACAAACCCUAGCUUUUCCUUCUGCAGUGAGAUAACAAGACCAUCCGAUGAAGGAGAAGCCCCUGUACUUCCUGGGGCCUACCAACAAAGCCAGUCCCAAGGCUAUGGGUAUAUGCAUCAGACAAGUGUGUCAUCCAUGAGAUCAAUGCAACACUCGCCAAGUCUGAGGACCUACCGAGCAAUGUAUGAUUACAGUGCUCAAGACGAAGACGAAGUUUCCUUCAGGGAUGGUGACUAUAUUGUCAACGUGCAACCCAUUGAUGAUGGAUGGAUGUAUGGCACUGUGCAGAGAACUGGGAAAACUGGAAUGCUUCCAGCCAAUUACAUUGAGUUUGUUAACUAA